CCACACACACCAAAACACACACACAUCUCAAGCACAGGGGCAGUGCUGACAGAGACAGGGGAAGCAAAGUAGAGUAGUGAGAAGAAGGGUUCAUGCGAAGAGGAUUCAUCUUUCACUGAAUGAAAGCUUUCUAGGGAAGGCAGAAGGGUUCACUUAAGAGUCCCGGGGCAUUUAUUUAAAAGGAAAAGUCAGAUUUGACUUUUGAUCAAGUGGAUAAACAGACAAAUCUGGACAUCAUGGAUGGAGAAUCACCCAGCCAGGAGACACCUGCAUCCACAGAGACAACCAGUCAGACUGACACCAACAACAACAACAACCAGACAGUUGAGCCAGCGCUGGAGGAGAGUAAAGACCCAGCGAGAGAGCCGACAGCAGGAGAGACAGCAGGAGGUCAGGAGGUGAAGGGGGAGGAGGAUUCAGCACCAGAAGAGGGACGAGACGAACAGGCCAGUGCCGGAGACACAGACAAGGCCCAGAGUGCCGUGUCAAAGCAUGCUGACGGUGACGCUGAAGAGGCCGGACAAGAUAAAGAGAAAGCUUCCACUGAUGGUGAAGUGAAGGACCCUGACAUGAGUGGAGAUAAAGAUGGGGAGGGAGAGAGGAAGGAAGACAAAAAAGGCGGGCAGGUGGAAGAGGCCAAGAGCUGCGAGACUGAGAGAGAUGGAGACGAGAUGAAGGACAAAAACAAAGAGCAAGAUGAGAGCAAAACAGGGGAAAAGGCAAAAGAAGCAGAGAAAGAAAAGAACAAAAAUGCCGCAAAGGGGUCAGAGAAGAAGAAACAAGUCAAGGACGAAGGUGCAGAGGUGAAAGACAAAGGAAAGAUUAAGGAGGCAGAAAAGCAAGGGAAGCCCAAAAGAAAGACCGGCCCUCCUUCCUCUGCUCUCUCUCGACCGAGACCCUCAGCACGCUCAAUCAGAGCAGCAGCUAGAAACGACAUCAUUGCCAAGUUCCAACAAGGUGCACCAGAGACACCAAUGCCCCGCAACUUCAAGAUUCAGAGGUCAGCGACGGCUUCAGCUACGGGAGCUUCGAUCAAACAGAAGAUCCUUCAGUGGUGCCAAAACAAGACUCGCAAAUAUGAGGGUGUCAACAUAGAGAACUUCUCGUCGUCUUGGUGUGACGGGAUGGCCUUCUGUGCUCUGAUCCAUCGAUUCUUUCCCGAUGCCUUUGACUACAGCUCCCUGGAUCCAAAAGAGAGGGAGAAAAACUUCACCCUGGCCUUCCAAACAGCAGAGUCCCUGGCCGACUGCUUCCCUCUGCUGGAAGUGGGUGACAUGCUCAUGAUGGGAAACAACCCCGACCCCAUGUGUGUGUUCACCUACGUCCAGUCCCUCUGCCACAGCCUCUCCAAAAUAGAGAAGGAGAGGAAGGACAAAGAAAAGGAGGAGAAAGAAAAGGCUGGAAAAGAGGGAGAGGAGAAAGAAAAAGGAGAUGAAGAUGAAGCUGGGGAGGCGUCAGCAGAGAAGGAGGAGGGAGAGGCUCCCGAGAACGGGAUGAUGGAGGAGAAACAGGACGAUGCGACAGAGACGGAGGGAACUGCUGAAGAGGGAAAUGCACCGGGCAGCUCUGAGAUGGAGGCGGGUGGAGGAGUGUUAGUCGAGGCAGAGUCCUAAAAUACACUGACGACAAACAGAAAGACUGAAAAGACCAAAAAGAUUGUUAGCGGUUGGUACGACAGACAAUGAGUAAGUCUUAGUUUGGUGUUGGUUUGACUACUGAAAUAAUAAAAAAGGGGCACAUCGGGUUGACUCUCACCUCAGACACUGGCAAUGUGAUGUUACAGGGAGUUACAUGUUUGGAAGUGUACUGUGCUGUGUUAUUUUUUUUUUUCAUUCACUGACGUGUUGUCGUAUAUGUUUGUGUUAAUCACAUUAAGCAUAAAUGUUCAGUUUCGUUUGCUGUGUGUUUAUAGAGAAAAACAAUUAAAAUGAUUUAAUGAAACUUGUGAAUUGGAAACUUGAUUGUGCAACUCCUGAAAACGCCCCGUUAAAUCCAUGACGUGGACUGGGAAAAGUUCUGGAUUUUAGGGUGAGUUGGCAUGGAGUGACCCAUGAACUACAUUGUAUU